AUGGAUUCAGAAGGCAGUCUGGAUAGUUCGGGCUCGCCUAUAUCUCAGCGCCAUGAUUAUCCUUUCGUUUCCCAACCCGAGCAGAGCACAGCAGCUACACAACAGUCCUCAACUGGCAUCGAGCAAGCGCGUACAUAUCUACAGCAACUCUACAACCCGCAAUUGACCGCCCCAGACUACGACCCCGAGAAGGUCUUCAUCUGCAGGAUAUCUGGGCGUGAGUGGUCACAUCUACGUGAGGAGUUCGAUCUUGACGGCUCGCGGUCUGAAGAAAGGUACAAGUGGCCUAGAUUUUCAUACAACACCGCCACAUCAACUCUCAAAAUUUACGCUAUGCCUCAUCGGCUACACGAAACGAUAGUCAGACUUGUCAACAAACACCUUAAUCGUCUAUUCGAACAAGUCCUUCCCAAAAGUCUUGAAGAGAAAAUUCGAUGUUACACAAAUCUGGACCUAGAUGGAUUCAAAGAAGAAUAUGGAGAUUCAAUGAAAGUCCCAGAUGUUGCAAUUUUUGAGGAAGACGAAAAUGCUGAGACAGACGACCUAAAAUGGGCUCUUCAAGUUGGCUUCUCCCAAAAUUAUGACUUCCUUCAGGAAGACAUUCGACUUUUACUUAUUGGUCAACCGACAUGUUCUAUGGUUUUCCUCGUCAAUAUCACUGAAAGUCCAACAUAUCGAUGCCCACUCGAUUUCGACUUCGAUCUCUGUGAAGAACUCAAUAUCCCUCAGAACGGGGAUGAGAUUCUCAAAAAGGACUUCUCUGUGGAAGGAGAAUUCGGCCCAGUGACGUUCAAAGGACAUCAGUGGGUAGGAGAGAUCACAGCCUUUGUCGAGAUUUGGACUCGCCACCCUGGAACUGGAGAACCAAGGCGAAAAAGAGGCCAUCGAAUGGAUAUCAUUCCUGCUGCAACAAACUCAUCUCUUCAAUGUCGACUCCGCGAUUUUCUCUCCAUGAUCGAUGGUGAUCAAGAGACAUCCUUCGAUUGGGACAGAAUCCGAACGGAACUCAAGGCCUCCCUUCAAACCUUGGCUCUCUCAAGGUGCCGCCGCUGGCUUAGGGAAAGCAGAAAUCGGGCAGGGGAGAACGACCCUUCUUACAAGCCUUCCGGAACGGGGUCUUGAUCAAUGGAGUUAUGGUUGUGGUCGGACAACGAAUCUGACAGGUCUUUCUUUUGAAUGGGAUUUCAAUCAGUGGAGGUAUGGUUGUGGUCGGUCGAUGAAUGUCACAGACAG